ACCCUUUUUAAUGCCUCCUUUGUUGUUUGUACUACAUGAAGUAUACGUAAUGAAUGAAAAUAGAAAAGCAAGGAUGAAGGAAGAAGAUGGGUUUGUAACUGUUAAAUAUAAGUUUCCAAAGCAAAACAAAUUCCUUGGGAGGAAAGAAAAGUUUCCCGAAGACACUUCGACGUUUGAACACAGCUCGGUGGAAAGGCGACUCGAUUUAAUCAAAGACGACAUUCAUCAAUACAAAAUUAAGCUAGGCCGCAGUCCGUUUUACGAAGAAUUAAUUGACAUUUUAUCAAGUACGGCUGCGAGCGGCAGCAUUUUGCCAGGUGAAACGCAUUUUCAAGACUUCGUGUGUUAUGCAAUCGGUAAGUUAUCUGAAUGUCACACAGCCAGAUGCCAGUUUGCAUUGCUUGUGUUGCUAUGGGAAUAUUUGAAGCCUUCUGGCAAGUGCUUUAUCUAUGAUCCAAUAUUUUGUGAAGUGGAUAAAAGGAUCGUCGAGGAUUUUGGAUUUCAAUUGAUUCCUAUUAACGAGGAGGCUAAACGAACUGUCACAUCGAAGACUUUCUUCUACAUCCCGCAUGGAGGAAAACCUUUGUAUAAUAACAUUUUAUGGGCGAAUUGGGGUAGAGGCCUGCGCAACGUGUUUAUAUUUGGCAACAAAUUUUCCAGUUACGAAGAGCGCUUGCCUUUACGCCAACUCAAGGCCGAAGCAGGUUAUAUUGCAAAAAUCUUACCAUAUGUCUCGGAAAAAGUUAUAAAAAAGUCGUUUGAUCCAGAUACUAUAUUUAAUGAUCUAGCCAUGCACAGUUUUAGCGUUGAUGAAGAAUCAACAGCGUUCUGGGAAGAUAGGAAUGAGCCAAUAUACUGUGUUUGCCAUAAUGAAAUCAUAUUAAAUGAAAAAUGAUUGAAAGAAUUUUCGAGGCAAGUUUGAGAAAUUCAUCACUCAACUAAAUUAUUCAUUUGAAGUAAAAUGUUUACUCCGAUUAUUUACACAUAUGACUCUUAAAAGUCGGUUCAUAGAAUUUUGUAAGUGCUUCGCUAUUUUUAGAACUGAUGUCAUCGAACACAACAUGUGACAAACCACUUUAUAUGAGCUAUUUUUAUGUCUAUAAAAGUUUAUCUUUAUGGUCUUCAUACAUUAUCAUCUGAAAAAAAGAUGAAUAAAAUUACAACACGUAAA